GGAGGUGAUUCUGUCGUGCUGUGCAAAACAGCACCGACUCGUUCCAGUCUGAAUAUUUCCGUGGAUGCUUAUUGGAACUCUGGGAAAACCACGCCAACGCUUUUGGAUCCCUCUCCAGCUGGGGUCGUGAUUGAUCCGAAUGGAAGAUAUGAAAACGGAGACAUGUAUUGCUCAUUUUCGCAAAGUGUCCAGACGACAGUCGCCAGUAACAAAUUUGACUUGUACAAGGAAAGCUACUUUGUUUUGCUGGCUGCUGGACCGAUCCGUAACGAUGGAACUCUAGCUAUUCACACAGUGCGAGGAGCUCCGGGAAGUGCAGUAAAUUUGACAAGCGUGGAAGGAGCCGAUCUGACCGGGGAAGCCCUGGAAUUGGCACACGGAGUGUUGAUGAUUUUCGCUUGGGUUGCAGCGGCAUCUAGCGGGAUGCUCGCCGCCAGAUAUUACAAACGGACCUGGGUUGCUUCAACCCUCCUCGGAAAAGCUGUGUGGUUUACGAUUCAUCGAGGCUUGAUGGCACUUACGUGGAUUCUGACAAUCGUGUCAUUCCUCAUUAUUGUGAUAAAAGAACAAGGAUUUGAAAAGGGUUACCAUCCCACAAUCGGGAUCAUCGUAUUGGUUCUGACUUUCAUUCAACCGUUCUUGGCCGCAAUAAGGUGCAGCCCCAACAACCCGAAAAGGAUCUGGUUCAACUGGUCCCAUUGGCUCAUCGGAAGUUUGGCUCACAUUCUUGCGUGUGUUAAUAUUUUCCUGGCAUUCGAUCUUUGGCAAGCAUCUGAAAUCGGUUACUACAUUUUCGGGGCGUUCGUGAUCUUCUACUGCCUUUCCCACGUCGGCUUGCAGUUUCAAAGAUACAUGAUUGAGAAAAGCGAAAGAAACAGCACUUCUCCAGUGGUCGAUGGGAAAAGCGACUACGAUCUCUUGGCGUCCAAAGAAGCAAGUGGCUCAGGACUGAGAAGAAUGAUGUUCGGACUCACAAUAGUCGUCAACGUCGGAGUGUCAAUUGCACUGUGCUUGGUUUUCUCUCGCAGCAUAGGAGGAGAACCUCUUACCGAAUGGACAGACGCUACGUAGAGACAAAAUACCGCCCUAAUGUAUAUGUCUUAUAUUAUGCUCCGAUCGCGGUUUUCAUCAGCACAGGAACGAGCUGCAUACCGGUGCAAAAACCCAGAUUCGGCGGUGAAGAAAAUGAAUUGCGGAUUCGAUGUGAAUUGAUGUUCUCAAGAAAGGAUUGGAUGGAGGAAUCUGGAGGGACUUUGUUAAGUGUUUCAAAUUCAUGUAUUCAUCAAAAGGAAAUCAUUAAUGCUGGAUGCAGCAUAUAUGCGCAGUUGCGCACACACAGGAAUUUAACGAAGUGAAACAAUUUCUAAUCGUUUAAUCCCGGAAUAAAAAUAAAUUGAAAUUUAAUACGGGAAAUAAAUGCUACGAAUUUCAACUGCAAAAAUUAUAAAAAGGCAUGCUAUGAAUUCAGAGCUUUAAAACCAAUGGCAUUGGCGUGUAAUCCUGGCGCCCAUGAGUUGGACCCUCUGGAACGAAAGAUUUGCGCUAUCUUUGGUACGAAGUCGAACAAGAAACCGUAACUCCUUCCUAUUCUACUGCUCAAUCUCAAAAUUCGAACGCAAUGAUUUCAAAAUGAACUUACGGCGAAAAACAAGUCAAAAAGCGUUUUUUUUUUUUUGAUUUUAUGGCACAAACACAAAGGGACAAAUGCAUUUUUCUGCAUCAUCGAUCACUCGUCAUAGUGAUUUCCGGGAUUUGAAGAAAUGCCCACCCCUGUUUUGUAAAUUCUUGAUGGUAAUAGCCUAUUUGAUCAGGGGUGAAAAUUUUGGAUUUGAUUUUGCAGUCUCGAAGACACAUCGUCGACAAAAUAUACAUUUCAAGCAUUCAAAGAUUAACGACAAAAUA